AAAUUUGGGAAUAUUUUUUCACCAUGGAAGAAGAUAAGAAACCUCCUCAGUUCCAUGAAAUGGAACUUGAUGAUAGGAUUUUGAAGGCUAUUGCUAAGUUAGGCUGGGCAGCACCAACCAAAGUCCAACAAAAAGCAAUCCCACUUCUUCUUGACGGCAGGAAUGUUCUCAUUCGCGCACGAACUGGCUGUGGAAAAACAGGAGCCUUUGCAGUGCCACUCGUUCAGAACAUAAUCAACAUCAAAAAAGCUUCACCGGUGCAGUCUAUCAAGAGUCUCAUCUUGGCACCAACAAAAGAGCUUUGUCAUCAGAUCUACCAAAAUGUUUUGCAGCUUACAAUCAAAUGCUCUAGGGAUGUUUGCUGCAUUGAUAUCUCACAGCAGCCUGAUGGUGCAGCACAGCACCCGUUGCUGAUCGAGAAACCCGAUAUCAUUGUUAGCACACCAUCCAGAGUGCUGCACCACUUGAGAGAAAAACAUAUCAAACUAAGAAACUCUCUUGAACUUCUAGUCAUUGACGAAGCUGAUCUUCUAUUCUCCUUUGGCUAUGAACAAGACCUGAAGCAGCUAUUAACCUUCUUGCCCUCUACUUUCCAAGGAACAUUAGCAUGCGCAACGUACACAGACGACGUGGUGAAGUUGAAAAACUUAAUUCUUCCAAAUGCAGUAAUUUUGAACCUGAAAGAGCCAGAUUUGGCUCCAGUCACUCAGUUGAGCCAUUAUGUACGGCAUGCAGAAGAGGAAGAAAAGGCUGUCACGCUCCUCGUCUUACUCAAAUUGCAGCUGAUUAAGGGCAAGACUAUAACAUUCGUCAACAGAGUAGACCGCUGUUACAAGUUAAAAUUAUUUUUAGAACAGUUCGGAAUUAAAACCUGCAUUCUGAAUUCAGAACUACCAGCCUCAUCUCGGUGCCAUGCAAUAUCGCAGUUCAAUGAGAAUGUUUAUGAAAUCAUUAUUGCAUCUGAUGAAAAGGCAUUAGAACAAGUUUCUAAAGGGGAAAUCGUCAACAAAAAGGGUGUAAAACGCGACUUUGAAUCAGGAGUCUCUCGUGGUAUAGACUUCCAGUGUGUCUCUAAUGUCAUCAACUUUGAUUUUCCACUUGAUAUCCCUUGCUACAUCCACCGAGCAGGCCGCACAGCUCGCGGUAACAACAAGGGAACCGUCCUUUCCUUUGUCAACGUUUCAGAGCAGAAACUCAUGAGAGCUGUAGAGCGAUAUUUGAAAAAUAAUUUGUCCCAAGGAGCAGAUGUUUUGAAGCCUUUUCUUUUUGAUAUUUCCAAGCUGGAGGGUUUCCGGUAUCGUACGAGAGAUGCAUGGUGUGCUGUGACGAGAUUGGCGAUAAAGCAAGCACGACUCAAAGAAAUAAAAAAAGAAAUCUUAAAUUCGGAUAAACUCAAGGGUUACUUUGAAGAGAAUCCACAAGAUCUUCAGUCUCUCCGCCAUGACAAACCACUUUCAACAGUGAAAAUUCAACCACAUCUAGCGGAUGUUCCAGAUUAUAAUAUUCCAGCUGCCCUGAGUUCAAUUGCAGAAGUCCGAACAGUCACAAAAAAGCAAAAGAAACCUCAGCCCACAAAGGUCAAGGUAGAAGAUGAUGACAGUGAGGUCAAGACUGAGAAGAAGAAAAAACGGAAGAAAAAGCAUAAGCCGCUCAGCAGGGCGGAACGCAAAUUCAAGGGAAAUCAAAAAGACCCACUCAUGUCCAUGGAGUUCGCUGGGUUUAACAAACGACGGAAAACAGAAGAAUCAGUUUAGGCUUUCAGACUAGGAAAACAAUUUCUGUGAUACUGAUAUCUCUCCUUGUAAAUUUGUUUAUACUUUCAUGAACUUUUGUCUUAUUAAAUAUCUUAAGAAUUUUAUUUACCUAAU